AUGGCCUCACGAGGCCCCAGUGAAGGGGCACCGAAGCCUGAAGUUGGCGAUACCUUGAUCGUGAUACACGAUUUCCAGGCCCGAAGCUCCGACGAACUCAGCCUUGCAAAAGGAGACCGAGUUGAACUAAUAGAGCGAGACGACGAGUUUGGCGACGGAUGGUUUCUCGGUCGUCAUUUGGUCAACAAUAACAAUGGGCUCUUUCCUGAAGUCUAUACUAGACCAGCCCCAAGGAAUGUCCCCACGAGCACUUUCAACAGCUCCAAACCCCAGACUCCCCAUCGAGAACAAACCCCAGAUUCGAGCGCCGACACAGGCACAAAGGAAGAACCGGAGCCGCAGCCUCAGCCUCAGGCCCGGAGCCCUGUGACGCUACCUCUCAACAGCGUCAAAUCAGAGCCCGCCUUAGUAGCGAGCGAGCCUCCUGUUCUUUCUGGACUAAGCCAACUAACUACUCAGAACCAAGACAGCCAUGUCUUGCACGAAACGCUUACUGUCAUCGAUGAGCACAUAACCGAUCUAAGAUCUCCAGCGAGCAAUGGCGGGCUUCGAGCGGUAGCGAACGAUUCCGGAAGCGAGUACAGCAGCACCCAUCCUGAUCAGCGAGCAUCGUACAUCCAGGGCGAAGAAACCGACGAGGAAGAAGGAGAGUUCCAUACACGAGAAGAGGUCGAAGCAUGGUCCCCUGAUGAUGUUGCUGAGUACCUUUUUACCGAAGGAGUCGAGAAGCACCAUUGUGAAGUUUUCAGAGACCAAGAAAUUUCGGGUGAGGUUAUUCUCGGCAUGGAUCAAAGCUCGUUGUUCAUCAAAGCGUUCGACCUUGGUUCAGUUGGCCGACGACUGAAGACUUGGCACAAGAUCAAAGCCCUUCAGGAUGAGGUCAACAACCAGGGCCUGGAAACGCGCCGAACAACGCAAACGUAUGGAAAUGAUGGCUCGGAAGAACCCCGCAGGCCGAGGAGUCGAGCAAACACUCUUACGAACCGGCCUACUUCUAUCCAAACGAGGCGGAUGUCUUUAUCGCAAAACACCCCCAAAGCCUCCCCGACAUUCGCUGGAUCCCACACACAAGACAGCUCCAACCGUGCUAGCCACAUCAAGAGACCUUCCGCGGCAUCGAUUAGGGAGUUGAACCAUUCGCGCCGGCACUCCUCAUCGACAGACUUUCGCCAAGCUGGCCCGGCGGUGGCAUCUGGACCUGCCCCUGUUCCCAAGAUCGCAACACCGGGUACCCUCCCCGUAACCGAAGGAACUCAUAAAAAGCAACCCUCAUUUGACCGAAACUGGACCCUUGGCAACGCUUAUUCGCAACCCCCGCAAAGACCCCUUUCUUCCACUGGUCUCCAGGACUUACUUAGCCCACCAGGGGCUGAAACUCAAGAUCCUACUAUUGAUGCCGAUCGGGGCUAUUUUUCCGGAACAGAAGUCGACGGAAGGAAGAGGAACUUGUUACGAAAACGCGACAGCAAUGCCGAAUCGAGAAAGUCGAGUUAUACAGAAGAGCAAAGGGUCCGAAGCGCUACAGCUAUGGCACGACAGUCAAGAUUCGGAAGCGUGGGGUCCAUUGCAGAAGGAGGCAUUUCUUCGGCAGCUCAGAAGUACUAUGGUAUUCAAGCUGGCGCGCAUAGGAGAACUGCGUCAGCCGCUUCAGAGUCAACACUGAACGUGCCGCCAUCUAAUGAUGUUCCUUCACCCACUGUUACCAAAUUAGAUACCACAGUCGGAUCAGGUCGCUCGACAGCAUCGCCCGUCUCGACUCGGCACCAAGGCUUCAACUCGGACUGGCUAUCGUCAAUGGUUAAUAAGCCGAUUGCAUUGGCUGGAGGCAAGGGCAUGCGGGCCAUUUCUGACAACCUGAGCUUUGACCGAUCCAAAGUCUCGACUCCUACCGAUCCAUCGAGCAAGGAUUUCUUGGUAGAGUCGCCCGCGCGGACUGGUUCGACGACGCCAUCAGGUGGAGCUAGUUUUGAUCUUGAAUCUCCCGAUGCCGCGAAGAGUCCUGGUACCCCUGUGAACCAAGUCAGCAAGAAAGCUGGAAAGAAGGGGAAAAAGGAAACAAGCGCCUACACUCGUGGACUACUCAAGAUUUCUCCCAAGGAGGCAAGCAAAGAUGCAGACUAUAGUGGCUGGAUGAGGAAGAAGAGUUCCAAUCUUAUGACAACAUGGAAGCCUCGUUUCUUUGUCCUUAAAGGUCGACGGUUGGCAUACUACUAUUCUGAAGACGACGAGCAAGAAAAAGGACUCAUCGAUAUUUCAUUCCACCGAGUUCUGCCUGCCGAUAACGAAAAGCUCACGGGUCUUCACGCCACAAUCACAAGUCUGGGAGGUCAGUCAAUGCCAGGAAACACUGAGGAUCUGGAGAAAGGUGACGAUUCAAUCUUCAUUUUCAAGCUGGUUCCUCCCCGAGCUGGUCUCUCAAGGGCCGUGAACUUUACAAAGCCAACUGUUCACUAUUUUGCUGUUCCGAAUUUGAAGCAAGGACGACUGUGGAUGGCUGCUCUCAUGAAAGCGACUAUUGAUCGAGACGAUACGAAGCCCAUCACCACGACCUACCAGCAAAAGACAAUAUCCCUCUCCAAGGCCAAGCAGAUGCGUUCUCGCCCACCAGCUUUGAUGAACCUUGAGGAAGGGGCUGAAGAGGAAGCCGGCGCAGGCCGAAAAGAAGCCAACGGCUUGGGGAUCUCGUAUGACGAAGCAGACAGUGGUGUUUCUGGGGUCGACAAGCUAGCUGGCCAAAGAGCUGAAGAAGCUAAGUUAAGUCUCGACUCUGACAAGGAGGCUCCACAUGCGUCAUGA